UUCGUUCGCGCCACGUAAAUUUAGCAUCCGUGGCCCCUCGCCACGCCAUGGCACUACCUCGUCUUCUUCGCCCAAAUCCCUCCCUCUCCACUCUCCGCCAUUACCAACCCCCCCAUCCUCGCCUCCUCCUACACUCCUCCAUCAUUCCUCUCAUAUCCUCCUCCUCUUCCUCCUCCAAGACCCACCUCCUCCAAAUCCACGCCCACCUCCUCCGCACCUCCCUCCUCUUCCACGACAUUUCCAUCUCCUCCGCCUUCUUAUCCCGCGCCGCCGCGCACUCCGCCUCCUACUCCCUCCGCCUCUUCGACCAAAUCCCUCGCCCCACCAUUUUCCACUGCAACGCCAUGUUACGAGCCCUCUCCGAGAGCGCCUCCCCGGAGCAAACCCUCGUCUUCUUCAAGCGCAUGCAGGACCUCGGCGUCCGCGGUAACCCCUUCUCCUCCUCCUUCGUUCUCAAGGCUUGCGUGAGAACCUCUUCGUUCUCUCUUGGGAAACAGGUCCACGGUAGGAUUUUGCGACGUGGGCACCACUCCGAUUCCCUCCUCCUUACCAAUCUAAUAGGUAUUUACGACUCGUGCGGGAGCGCAAGCGACGCGCGCAAGGUGUUCGACGAAAUGGCCGAGAAGGACACCGUCGCGUGGAACGUUUUGAUCUCUUGCUACGCGCGAAACCGACGAACUAAAGAUGCUUUGCAUCUGUUUGACGAAAUGCGGGACCCGAAAUAUGGGGCCGAACCGGAUGAUGUCACCUGCCUGCUCCUGCUUCAAGCAUGCGCGAACUUGGGAGCGCUUGAUUUCGGCGAGCGGAUACGUGAGUUUGCCGAGGAACAUGGUUAUAUCGAUGCAUUGAAUGUGAGGAAUUCGCUUAUCGCCAUGUACUCAAAAUGCGGGUGUGCCAAUAAGGCGUACCGAGUGUUCUGUGACAUGCCUCAAAAGAACGUUGUUAGCUGGAGUGCGAUGAUUUCUGGUUUGGCAGUGAAUGGGUUCGGAAGAGACGCCAUCGAAGCAUUUCGAGAGAUGCUAAAUGUGGGCGUCGCUCCUGAUGAGCAGACGUUUACAGGGGUCCUCUCGGCUUGCAGUCAUAGUGGGCUGGUCGAAGAAGGACUGAGAUUCUUUGACAUGAUGAAAUUUGAGUAUGGUCUGGUCCCGAAUGUAUGUCACUACGGGUGCAUCGUCGAUCUAAUGGGCCGAGCUGGGUUGCUCGAUCGUGCUUAUGGUCUUAUAGUAAGAGAGAUGGGUGUCACGCCAGAUGCCACAAUUUGGAGAACUCUGCUUGGAGCUUGUAGGAUUCAUGGUCAUGUCGACCUUGGAGAGCGUGUAAUCUCUCACCUAAUUGAAUUAAAGGCACAACAAGCUGGGGAUUACGUUCUGUUAUUGAAUAUCUAUGCAUCCGCAGGAAAAUGGGAGAAGGUUGCAGAAGUUCGGAGGUUAAUGAAGGACAAAGGAAUUCAAACUACUCCUGGCUGUAGCUCGAUAGAAGUGAGCGGUGAGGUCCAUGAAUUUGUUGCGGACGAUGAUUUGCACCCGCGAAAAGCCGAGAUUUACGAGAAGCUUGAGGAGAUAUGUAAGCAGCUAAAGAUUGCGGGAUACGUAGCAGAUGUGGCUUCCGAGUUGCACGAUUUGGAUAUGGAGGGGAAGGAGAGUGCUUUGUCUUAUCAUAGUGAGAAGUUGGCCAUUGCUUUUGGUGUUCUCGUGACCCCACCGGGCAGAACAUUGAGAAUCGCGAAGAACCUUCGUAUUUGUGCUGACUGCCACAAUUUCAUGAAGGUGUUUUCUGGCGUUUAUAAUCGGCCGGUGAUUGUUAGGGAUAGGAGCCGGUUCCAUCAUUUCAAAGAGGGUCAUUGUUCUUGUAACGACUAUUGGUAGGCUAUUCCCAGCGUGGCUUGUCUAAGCCUCUGCUAACGGCGCAUCCUAUCUCAUGAAUAGCUUUAAGGACUUACUGGGGCAAAGAUGGAAAGAUUGAUAAGUUCUAGGCAGCUUUGUGAGGAUUCAUAGCAUAAUAAUGCUCUAAGAUUGCGAGUAUAUUGUUAAAGAUGUUAUUCAAAUGGAAGUUAUGUAGAAAACGGACUGUGUUUAUGGAUUUCGAUUAAUUUUGUGAUCCUUUUGAAGGGCUGAUAAGGAAAUGGAAGAUGAUAUUCAAAGGAAAGCAGAAAUCGGACUGUUUCGGGCACGUUCAAUCUGCAAGAAAUCAUUUGUUGAGGGGAUUUUGGAACAUCUUAUGUUUUGUGCUCAUUGCUGGUACCUGUUAGAGGCAACAUUCAUAACAAACAUAUUUGUUGCUAAAUGCCUUUCUCAGGGACUAUCAGUCAUUCGGAAGUGGCACUCUCUUCUCAAUAUUUCUCUACAUGAAAACAGCAUUAUUACGCCAUCUAGUUGAUCACACAGAAUAAUUUUUUGCUUUCUGAUUAAAAUUUGUUCUACUAUAAAUUGUUCCUUCAUUGCUUUGGUUUAUGUUUCUUAGAUCUCUCUGACAAAUCAUGUGACAUUUAAUUGUAUGCAGGUUGAAAAUCAACAAACUUGGUUGCUCUGAAUCCACCCUGGAGCUGCUGCUGCAAAUUCGCGUUAUCACAUCUGCGAUAUUGCAGAGUAAACCAUAAACAAUUAAUAGGAGAUGCAGAGUUGCUUUUUUUUCCCUUUUUUUUUUUGAAGUUUAAAAAGUUCUGAUUUUUCAGGGUUAUACUAGCUGGCAAAUGUUUGGAGUGGUCUGGUCUUGCACCUUGAAAAAA